AUGGAUGACUCUGCAGAGCAUCCUUGCUGGGUCUCCUCAUCACUCUUGGGCCUGAACACCCUAGCCAACUUCCCCCCCGGUGAGGACGGUCACCAUGGUUAUCCAUCCUCCAUCCUGAGUAACAUCCACUGGUUUGAGGGGUCUGGGGGCCAUUCUCAGGGUCCUUCCUAUGGCCCCCUGCCUACUGUAUGGGCUGGUGGACCUUUCGCUAAGCACCCUCUGCACACCCACACACCACAGCCCCCCCACACCUCCAGUCCGGCGUCUUCCUUCAUCUCCCCCAUGGACGCGCUACUCUUCCUGUCAUGCGAUGGAAAGCAGAGUGUCAGCUUCGAAGAGGCCUUGAAGGUCGAGCAGCCCGGCAUGAUGGACGGGGGUGCUGGGGACUUCCCAAUCCUGAGCUCUGGUGUGGGGGGCGUCUCUGCACCCCCCCCUCGAAGCCACUCCCAUGUGGUGACACCCUACAGCUGCUCCGUGGGCCCCCACCAACAUUACAGGACGGGCGCCCAUCACACGUCACCAGCUGCAUGGAGCUCCACACCACAUUCCCCAACGCUGUGGAAGAUGAGAGCUUCCUCACCAACUCGAGAUUGUGUGAAUUGUGGAGCCCGGAUCACACCGCUGUGGCAUCGUGAUGCAGCGGGUCACUACUUGUGCAAUUCCUGUGGAGUGAACCAUAAGAUGAAGAGACAGAAGAGGCCCCUCCUCCAGCCCAAAAACAGAUUGAUGGCGUCCAGGAGGGUUGGUAUGCAGUGUGCCAACUGCCACACCAGAAGCACCAGCCUGUGGAGGCGCAAUGCCAGUGGCGAAGCCGUUUGUAACGCCUGCGGCCUCUACUUUAAGCUGCAUAAUGUGAACCGGCCUCUCACCAUGAAGAAGGACACCAUCCAGACGCGGAACCGCAAGGUGUCCACCUGGAACAAGAAAAUGAGGCGUGGUGAUGGGCCGGCCCACGAGCCCUGCACGCCCAAGCCCCCCGUCCCUGAGCAGUAUGCAGGCUCAGACGCUAUGGCCUCGCCCGCGUAUACAUACCCCACCCCCCUUCUCCCACCCCCCUCCACACUGCAGUCUGAAAUGCGGCCCACACUGGGCUGA